AAUGUCGUUAAGCUAUGUUGGAAAGAAGUAGGGUUUCUUCCUAUAUAUAUAUCAUCACUUUCACGAGCUCAAACGAGUGAUCGGACAAUAGCCUCGAAGCUAGUUCAAACUAGUGGGAGGUUAGGUUGUCUGCAAAAAUCCACCCAAAAGACCAAAAGGAAUUACAAAACAUAAAACAUUUAUUUCAAAUCAAAUUGAAUUUGAUAUGGCACGUGGCAAGAUUCAGAUGAGGAGGGUCGAAAAUCCGGUGCACCGUCAGGUGACCUUCUGCAAGAGGCGUGCCGGCCUUCUCAAGAAGGCUAAGGAGCUUUCGGUUUUGUGUGAUGCUGAGAUCGGUCUUUUCAUUUUCUCAGCACAAGGCAAGCUCUAUGAACUUGCCACCAACGGAACCAUGCAAAGCUUGAUCGAGAAGUACAUGAAGUAUAACCGGGAAAUUCCGGCCGAUCAUGAUCGGAGGGAGAAACAGCUUGUAAAUAUGAUGAGUAGAUCUGAGAUUUGUUUUGAUGAGAUUUGGAUGUGGUUUAUAUCAGGAGGGGUAACUGGAACAAUGACUCUGGGAGAACUGAAUAUUCUUGAGAAACAUCUUGAGAAAUGGAUUUAUCAUGUUCGUUCUGCAAAGAUGGACAUUAUGGCUCAAGAAAUCCAAUUGCUGAAGAAUAAGGAAGGAAUACUUCAAGCAGCAAACAAACAUCUCCAAGAGAAGAUUGAUGAGCAUUAUGGGAUGGUUGAACUGGCACCAAUGCCGACUAACAACAUUCAAUAUCCACUGACUACUAACAUGCAUGUGAUCAAGAUUGUACUUCAAUUCUGCAAAGAGAACUCCCUGCAUCAAACUUUCCAAACACUUCAAAAUGAGUGCCAGGUUUCUCUAAAUACCGUGGACAGCCUUGAAACAUUUGUAGCUGAUAUUAAUAGUGGAAGGUGGGAUGCAAUUUUACCGCAACUUGCCCAGCUUAAGCUUCCUCGAAAGAAAUUAGAAGACCUGUAUGAGCAGAUUGUUCUGGAAAUGAUUGAACUUCGGGAGAUUGACACGGCACGUGCUAUAUUAAGACAAACCCAGGUUAUGGGUGUUAUGAAACAGGAGCAACCAGAGCGUUACUUACGACUUGAGCAUCUACUCGUUCGAACUUACUUUGACCCCAAUGAGGUGUAUCAAGACUCAACGAAGGAAAAAAGACGUGCCCAAAUUGCACAAGCUGUUGCAGCAGAAGUUUCUGUGGUUCCACCUUCACGAUUAAUGGCUUUGAUUGGUCAAGCUCUGAAGUGGCAGCAGCAUCAAGGUUUACUACCACCCGGAACGCAAUUCGAUUUGUUCAGAGGAACAGCAGCCAUGAAACAAGACGUCGAAGAUAUGUACCCAACAGCUCUUGGGCACACUAUAAAGUUUGGGAAGAACAGUCAUCCUGAAUGUGCUCGGUUCUCUCCAGAUGGGCAGUUCCUUGUUUCCUGUUCGGUUGAUGGAUUUGUCGAGGUCUGGGAUCAUAUAAGUGGAAAAUUAAAGAAGGAUCUGCAAUACCAGGCUGAUGAAACAUUUAUGAUGCAUGACGAGGCUGUCCUCUGUGUCGACUUUAGUCGAGACUCUGAGAUGCUUGCUUCUGGAUCACAAGAUGGGAAAAUAAAGGUUUGGCGUAUCAGAACAGGUCAGUGCCUGCGUCGUCUUGAACGUGCUCAUUCUGAAGGUGUCACUAGUGUCAGCUUCUCUCGAGACGGGACCCAGUUGCUAAGUACAUCAUUUGACAGCACUGCACGAAUUCAUGGCUUGAAGUCAGGGAAGAUGCUAAAGGAAUUUCGUGGCCAUACUUCUUAUGUUAAUGAUGCCAUCUUUACUGCUGACGGUACACGUGUCAUAACUGCAUCUAGUGAUUGCACGGUGAAAGUUUGGGACGUGAAGACUACAGAGUGUCUGCAGACGAUUAAGCCUCCACCUCCUCUGAGGGGAGGUGAUGCUUCUGUUAAUUCAGUUCAUCUUUUCCCUAAAAAUGCCGAUCACGUAGUUGUCUGCAACAAGACAUCUUCAAUAUAUAUAAUGACACUCCAAGGGCAGGUUGUGAAAAGUUUCUCAUCUGGUAAAAGAGAAGGCGGAGAUUUUAUGGCUGCUUGUGUAUCGCCUAAAGGGGAAUGGAUCUAUUGCGUUGGUGAGGACAGAAAUUUAUACUGCUUCAGUUAUCAGUCCGGCAAGCUUGAACAUCUAAUGAAGGUACACGAGAAGGAUGUGAUUGGACUUGCUCACCAUCCCCAUGUAAACCUCGUCGCCACUUAUGGCGAAGACUGCACAAUGAAAUUGUGGAAGCCCUAAUUAAUAAUUCACUAAAGUUUGUCACUGAGAUUUUUUUUUUACUUUACAAUGAGCAGUAUCUCUUGUAGAUCUCAAAUGUAUUGUACUCUUUUAAGCCAAAAAAGAAAGGAAAAGUAAAAAGAUAGUGCCAAUUUUUGCUUACAUUGGAGGGGUUACUUCAUUUGCUCGAUAUAAUUCUUAUUGGAUCUAAGCCGUUAGGUGACAUGCACACACAUAUACCAUGCGAGUAUUUGUUGAACUAACGGCUUAGACCGUUGAAGGGUGAAAUUAACCUAUUUGUUGGUGUUUUGGUAAUCGUUGGAUCUUUUAUGACAUCACAUAGUUAAUGAAGGCAAUUAUCUCAACUGUUUUUUGCCCAUGCAAAUAUUGAAUGAUGUGUAGAUAGAUUUGAUUUAAACAAAGUCAAACAUUUUUCUCUUUUGAGCA